GAAUCACCGGAUAUCCGGAAGUGAUGAAUUUUGGGGUUAAUUUCGUUGAUCGCUAACGGUGUGGGUGAAGCAAUGAAUUAAGAGCGUCGGAUGCUUAAACAAUUCCGCCCUGGGCUUUGGCCGAACGCUGGCGCCGUCUGUUAGUUUACCCAGGCAGCUUGAGAAUGAACGACCGGAGUUGAAUCAUGAUUAUAAACGCGCACAGGAACAGUAGCAGCACUGAUGUGUGGAUGUGGAGAGUCAGCGUAAACUGAUCAACCGAAAGUGUUUUAGUGAUCUGCUAUAAGAAAGCCAACCACACCAUUUGAAUCUCCACACAAAGCCGCCUCUGUGGGUGUUUCAUCAUUAACGACCCAUUGAACUUCCUCGCCUGGUUUCGGUCCCCUUCAAACACUGAAGCGUCUCGGCAGCUCAUCCCUCAUGGCCUCUUCAUCGGGCAACGACGAUGACCUGACGAUCCCGAGGGCGGCGAUCAAUAAAAUGAUUAAAGAAACGCUUCCCAAUGUGCGAGUGGCGAACGAUGCCAGAGAGCUGGUGGUGAACUGCUGCACAGAGUUCAUUCACCUCGUCUCAUCAGAGGCCAACGAGAUCUGCAAUAAAUCCGAGAAGAAGACUAUAUCCCCAGAACAUGUUAUAAACGCGCUUGAAAGUCUAGGUUUUGGGUCAUAUAUCGCAGAAGUAAAAGACGUUCUGCAAGAGUGUAAAACCGUAGCACUUAAACGGAGGAAGGCCAGCUCUCGACUAGAGAACCUUGGCAUACCUGAGGAAGAGCUUCUCCGUCAACAGCAGGAAUUAUUUGCCAAGGCACGGCAGCAGCAGGCUGAGUUAGCACAGCAGGAGUGGUUACAGAUGCAGCAGGCCGCCCAGCAGGCACAGUUAGCGGCAGCUUCAGCCAGUUCCGCUCAGCAGGCCGGAUCUUCCCAGGAUGAAGAUGAAGAGGAUGACAUGUGACUCCUGGCUGGCUUUCCAAGCACACAGAUAGAUUGACAAAUAUAUAUAUUUACAGACAUGUACGGUCUUAUACACAUUCUCUGUCCUCCGUAACCUUAGCAGAGAACCUCUGCAGUGUUUUCUUCUAUAUAAACUUUUAAAUCCCAGAUCACCAGUAUAAAUUCAUACUGACAGUUUAGGAGCAAUCAUAGGUGUUCUCCUGUGAUUUGUUGCUAUGUUUGCCUCGAUUCACUUGUUAACUAGAAUUAUUAGCUUUCAAAAAUCCCUCUUUUUCUUUCUCAUUUGUUCCUGAUUUAAUUGAAGGCAGUUGCCAUAAGUUGCCAAUGUGUGUGGGAAGAAUGUUAAGUCAUG